GUUGGAACACCCACGGAGGCCAGCGGGAGAUAUUGGCCGACUUGUCUCUCCCCUGCUUCUCUCCUCUCUCUCUCUCUCUCUGUAAAGUGCUGGAGAGUGGCGAUUCUCUCUUGCUCCGCGGAUUAGAAGAAGCGUAAAGAGCCGUGCGAUCGGCGCGUUCCUUACUCGUUUGGACUUUCCUCAUUGGCUGGAACUCGACCGUUGAGUAGAAGCAGUCACACAUCGGUUGCUCUUCCUCCAUUGGUGGCGGCGGCGAUUAAUCCUAGGUCUUCACUAGCUUCCCGAUCAUGCCUUGGAGUGUGGUGAAUGAUGGCGAUGGUAUGCCCAGGAUUAUCUUGACGGAGCCUAGUGGCUCCUCCGCCGAGGUUCUUUUGUAUGGCGGGCAGGUUGUGUCCUGGAAAAAUGAUCGGCGAGAAGAGUUGCUUUUUAUGAGUUCGAAGGCAGUUUUGAAACCACCUAAAGCUAUCAGGGGAGGAAUUCCUAUAUGUUUCCCUCAAUUUGGUAAUUUGGGAUCCCUGGAGCAGCAUGGCUUUGCAAGGAACAGAUUGUGGGCAAUGGAUAGCUGUGCAUCUCCAUUACCUCCUCCCAAGAAUCAGUCUACAAUAGAUUUAAUUUUGAAGUCCCAAGAAGAGGACAUAAAGACAUGGCCAAGAAGCUUUGAGUUACGACUGCGUGUUAUUUUGAGCCCUGGCAAGCUGACAUUGAUUCCUCGGGUGAGGAAUACCGAUAAUAAACAGUUUACAUUCACUUUAGGAAUGCGUAAUUACCUCUCUGUUUCAGACAUCAGUGAAGUCCGAGUUGAGGGAUUGGAGACACUCGACUACUUCGAUAAUCUUAUUAAAAGGGAGAGGUUCACAGAGCAGGCAGAUGCAAUUACGUUUGAUGGGGAGGUAGAUAGAGUGUAUUUGAGCACGCCUGGAAAGAUAGCCAUCAUUGACCAUGAGAAGAAAAGAACUCUUGUUCUGAGGAAGGAAGGCCUUCCAGAUGCAGCUCUUUGGAACCCAUGGGAUAAGAAGGCUAAGGCUCUCCCCGAUUUUGGCGAUGAGGAUUUCCAGGUCAUGCUAUGCUUGGAUUCUGCAGCUGUCGAGAAUCCCAUCACUCUCAAACCAUCAGAAGAAUGGAUGGGCCGCCAAGAACUCUCCACCGUGCUGUCAAGCUACUUCAGUGGACAGCUCGACCCUCGCCAAGUUCUCGCUGGAAAAUAAUCAUCAUCGCAUUCUAUUUUGCAUGGACAAUCAUAAAAGAACCUCAACCUUUAGUCAAGCUGCUUCAUUGGACAACUCAAACGUUUACAAAGUUCUUGCUGGCUUCUAACAGGUCAUUGCAUUCUGUUUUAGUAUUUAGCAUGCAGAGGUUCAUGAAAUUGUGCAUAGUUUCAUAUAUUCAUACUUUUUGUUUAUCUGCUGGUAUGUUUUCCUGUUAUGGUGUCAUUGGACUUGUGAUAGAAUAUUUCAGAACAGUCAGUAGAGAAUACCUUUCUCAGUUGCAUCAUUAUUCAUUUUGUUUAGGAAAAUUUGAGCUUUUGUAUUUUUCUACCAUGAGUGUUCUCAUAUUCAUUAUGAUCA